AUGGGCCUCACUCAAUUUAAUCUUGGUGUGGCCCUCUUCCCUCUUUUUCUGGAGUUUACCUUUGAUAUGUCUGGGCUUGACCUCUAUGAAUCAACUGGUGUCUUAAAAAAGACUGAAAGUGAAUAUAAAGGUCACCGCUCUUUGUUGUGGAGAACACGAAAUCUCCUCUCCGUUAUGCAACGUCAAGAUGUCAUGGACAGAAAGGUUACUGCUGAGGCCAUAAAAGCUGGUAUGGUGGGACAGGCAGGGCUAAGACCACAAGCUGUUGCAGAUGACUUGAAUUUUAUCACGUCAGAGACGAUCAUGUUCAUAAUAUAG